AUGCUUUCCAAAGCCACCAUCCUUUCUAUCCUCCUCUUCACCACCUCCUCCACCCUCGCCCUCCCGAGACCUCAGGGUGCCAAUAUCACCGAGCUCGUCGAACGCGAUUCUCAGGCCGGUGGCGCCAAUGGAAGGAACACGAUUCGCCGUGACGUCCCAGUCGUGCUCGAUGAGGCUGAGCUGAUUGACGUUGCCGAGCUGGUUGAGAAGCGCCAGACUGCUGAAGCCAAACCUGCGCCAACCCAGCCAGCUCCAAUCCGGCAAUCUGCUGAAGUCCGACCUGCGCCAACCCGGCCAGCUAAGCGCGAUCUUGAGAGGCGCCAGACUGCUGAAGCCAAACCCGCGCCAACCAAGCCAGCUCCAAUCCGGCAAUCUGCUGAAGUCCGACCUGCGCCAACCCGGCCAGCUAAGCGCGAUCUUGAGAGGCGCCAGACUGCUGAAGCCAAACCCGCGCCAACCAAGCCAGCUCCAAUCCGGCAAUCUGCUGAAGUCCGACCUGCGCCCACCCAGCCAGCUAAGCGCGAUCUUGAGAGGCGUCAGUCUAUUGAAGUCCGGCCAACUGCUGAAGUCCGACAGUCUGCUGAAGUCCAGCCAACUGCUGAAGUCCGGCCCGCGCCAUCACAGCAGGCAAAGCGCAAUGUUGAGAGGCGUCAGGCUCCUGAACCUACUCCUGCACCCCAACCUACUCCUGCACCCCAACCUAAUCCUGCACCCCAACCUACCCCUGCACCCCAACCUACUCCUGUCAUUGCAGCUUGA